AUGGCUGCAGUGAGCAAUGGAGCGCCUGUCCCCGGGAGUCUAUGGCGGCAGAUCUGUGCAGACUAUGAGCUGGAACAGCCGUCCUUGCCUCCAGGUUUUAAAUCUAAAGGAUCAUCGAUAAUAUGUGUAAAAGAGGAUCAGUCUGAUGAAGGUAUAUGUGAUGAGAUAUCGUCUGAGCGAUUCCCUGACCCAAAGACAUGUUCACCUCGGGAAUACUUGGAAAACUACAUAUUCCCAGUGCUUCUUCCAGGAAUGGCAGAAAUGCUGGCAGAGGCGAAGAAGGAGAAAUGCUUUGUAAGAAAAAGGACAAAAUUUAUUGCCUGUGACUUCCUCACUCAGUGGUUAUAUAAUCGGAAUCCUAUAAGGAAAGAUCAGCAGUGCAGAGACUUCUUCGAGAUUCCAUUUGUUCAAGAAUGGUUAAAAGAUCAUCCAAGACCACCGAUUCCUCUGUCUCUUCUCCUGUCCGAGGAGGAGGCGGCAUUACUCAUCCAGUCAUUCUGGAGAGGAUACCGGGUACGCUGUGAUCCAGAGGUCCAAGAAUUACGCCAGUGGCAAAAAGAUCUCCGAGAGAAUAAAGAUAUUAAUAAGAAAGUUCAAGAAUUCUGGGAAAAACAGGAAUCCAAAGUGGAAAAAGAAUCGGCGGAUCUGGAGGACCCAGGAUCGUCAUUGAACAGUGCCAAAGUCUCCUUUCAUGUGGUGUCACCAACAUCUCAGAACACAACAAAAAUAUAAGUACAUUGGACAUCUGGUAGUAAAAAGUAAUUAUUCGCACCAAGUGCCUCUUUCACGUCUGUGAAUCCCAGGACGUGUGCUGCCCAUGUUCUGCAUGGACAGCACACGUAACCACUGAUUUUGCGGUUUUUAUUUACACAUUAUUGAUUUUCCAUUGACCAUGGGUGAUCAUGAAGACAUGCACUACUUUGGUCUGUGAAGCGGUCUAGACACCCUCAUUAAUGUCUGUCGGUCCAUGAAAACCACUGGUAUCCGUGUUCUGUCAGGGAUUUUCACAAACUGUUGGUAGGAGAUUCGCUGGAUUCUAGAAGCUAAUUUUUAGCUUAGCAGUGUACAUGGAAUACAGAUGGCCAUACGGAGGGCAAGAAAUAAACACAUGGACCAAACAUGAAUUCUUCAUAGACAUCUUCAUGGAUAAACCACUGACCAUCUUGUCAUGGAUGUCAUCAUGGACAUUAAUGUGUGAAAGGGAUUUAAGUGAAUCUGGUAUCUAAUGAGCUGCUGUUUUUGUCUAGGAACAGAAUGGCAUGAACAUCUGGACACGUGUAGGAAGAGACACGGAGGUCCAAAAGAGGACUUGUCUGACUAAAACUAUGAAUGGCAGUAUAUUUUACAGCUUCCUCAACCAAAAAUCUGACUGAUUCAAUUGUUACUGCAAUUCCCCUCAUACUCUACCAGUGAUUGAUAUAGAAGAGAUUUUUGGGCUAAACCCAUUGAUGGCCUAUCCUUAGAAUGCAGCUCAGCUCCACUCAAGACCUUUGUACCACUAAUCAUUGAAGGGUCCAGAAGAUCAGACCCCUAACUAUUUGAUGUAAAGAUGAUUCAU